CAUGUUGGUUGUUCAGCUCGCAGCGCUGCUGGCGGCGGGCGUGUUCACGGCGGCCCAGGAGGGCGGAGCUCCGGUGGAGGCGGACCGGCCCGAGCUCAGCGACGUCUGCACCGAGGGCAGCUGCUACCCCGCCACAGGAGACCUUCUGAUUGGCCGAGCCCACCAGCUGUCCAGCACCUCCACCUGCGGCCUGCAGCAACCCGAGCCCUUCUGCAUCGUCAGCCACCUGCAGGAGGAGAAGAAAUGCUUCGUGUGCGACUCGGCGGCGCCGUACGACGAGCGGAGCGAGCGCACCGACAGCCACCGCAUCGAGAACGUCGUCACCACCUUCGCCCCAAACCGCCUGAAGACCUGGUGGCAGUCGGAGAACGGUGUGGAGAACGUCACCGUCCAGCUCAACCUGGAGGCCGAGUUCCACUUCACACACCUCAUCAUGACCUUCAAGACCUUCCGGCCGGCCGCCAUGGUGAUCGAGCGAUCAGCUGACUUUGGGAAGACGUGGCAGGUUUAUCGUUACUUCGCCUACGACUGCGAGGCGUCGUUCCCGUCCGUCUCCCAGGGGCCCAUGAAGAAGGUCGAUGAUGUCAUUUGUGACUCGCGCUACUCCGACAUCGAGCCGUCGUCUGAGGGAGAGGUCAUCUUUAGAGUUUUGGACCCGGCAUUCCGGAUCCACGAUCCCUACAGCCCCAGAAUCCAAAACCUGCUGAAGAUCACCAACCUGCGGGUGAAGUUCACCAAGCUCCACACGCUGGGCGACAACCUGCUGGACUCCAGGAUGGAGAUCAAGGAGAAGUAUUACUACGCCGUGUACGACAUGGUGGUGCGGGGGAACUGCUUCUGCUACGGCCACGCCUCCGAGUGCGCGCCCAUCCAGGGGGCGGGCGCCGCCGUGGACGGGAUGGUUCACGGUCACUGCAUGUGCAACCACAACACCAAAGGCCUGAACUGCGAGGCGUGUCAGGACUUCUACCACGACCUGCCGUGGCGUCCGGCGGAGGGACGCAACACCAACGCCUGCAAGAAGUGCAACUGUAACCUUCACUCGGACUCGUGCCACUUCGACGCGGCGGUCUACGUUUCCUCAGGAAACGUGAGCGGCGGCGUCUGUGACGGCUGUCGGCACAACACGACGGGUCACAGCUGUGAGCAGUGCCGGCCGUUCUUCUUCCAGCAUCCCGAGCGCGACAUCCGGGACCCGAACAUCUGCGAACCGUGUGACUGCGACCCGCUCGGCUCGCUGAACGGCGGCGUGUGUGACGGCCGGACCGACGUGCGUGCCGGGCUCAUCGCCGGCCAGUGUCGCUGUAAGGAAAACGUGGAGGGCGAGCGCUGCGAGCGCUGCAGGCCGGCGCACUUCGGGCUAAGCAGCCAGCCAAUGGGCUGCCAGGCCUGUACCUGCAGCGCUCUGGGAACUGUCCCAGGAGGGAAUCCCUGUGACCCCGAGACCGGCAGCUGCUACUGCAAACGACUGGUGACGGGCCGAGACUGCGACCGCUGUCUGCCUCAGCACUGGGGGCUCAGUAACGACAUGGACGGCUGCAGACCAUGUGACUGCGACCUGGGCGGAGCCGUCCACAACAACUGCUCCCAGGAGACGGGCCAGUGUGUUUGCAGGGAUCACAUGUUUGGCCGUCGCUGCGACCAGGUGGAGUCUGGCUUCUACUUCAUCGCUCUGGAUCACUACACCUACGAGGCUGAGAACGCCAACUUUGGACCUGGUGUGACUGUGGUGCCAAGACCUCAUCCUCUGGACCGCAGCCCUACCUGGACAGGUAUCGGGCUGGUCAACGUCCCCGAAGGAGCUUUUCUUGAGUUUUCUGUUGACAACAUCCCCCACUCCAUGGAGUAUGAUGUGCUGAUACGCUACGAGCCGCAGCUGCCCGAGCAGUGGGAGGAGGUGCUGAUGACGGUGAUGCGACCUGGACCAAUCACAGCCGACAGCCGCUGUGCCAACACCAUGCCGGACGACGACCACCAGAUGGUGUCGCUCCACCCCGGCUCCCGCUAUGUGGUUCUUCCCAGGCCAGUGUGUUUUGAAACGGGUCUGAACUACACCGUCCGCCUCAGCCUCCCGCUGUACUCCACCCUCAGCGACGUCCAGUCUCCGUACACACUCAUCGACUCGAUCGUCUUGAUGCCUCACUGUAAGAACCUGGAGAUCUUCACCGGUUCCGAAGGCGGAGACUCCGUCACCAGCAGCGCCUGGGAGACGUUCCAGCGAUAUCGCUGCCUGGAGAACAGCCAGAGCGUGGUGAAGACACCCAUGACUGACAUCUGCCGCAACUUCAUCUUCAGCGUGUCAGCGCUGCUACACCAGGGAGCCAAAGCAUGCCAGUGUGACCUUCAAGGCUCCCUCAGCACAGUUUGCGACUCGAGCGGCGGGCAGUGCCAAUGUCGGCCCAAUGUGGUCGGCAGGAACUGCGACAGAUGUGCACCUGCCACCUUCCAGUUUGGACCCAAUGGCUGCAGACCCUGCGAGUGCAACCCCCAGGGUUCACAUAAUUCUUUCUGUGAUGAGCUGAGUGGGCAGUGUGCCUGCAUCUCCGGGGCAUACGGCCGGCAGUGCGACCGCUGUCUCCCGGGACAUUGGGGCUUCCCGAACUGCCGGCCCUGCAGCUGCAAUGGCCACAGCGAGGAGUGUGACGCCCAGACGGGCCGCUGCCUCAGCUGCCGCGAGCACAGCACGGGACACAACUGUGAGAGGUGUGUGGAUGGUUACUAUGGCGACCCUGUUUUGGGCUCAGGUGAUCACUGCCGUCCCUGCAUGUGUCCUGACGGGCCAGGCAGUGGCCGGCAGUUCGCUGGAAGCUGCUACCGCGGUCUGGAUGCCCAGGUGGUGUGUGUGUGCCGCGCCGGAUACAGAGGUGCCAGGUGUGAUGAAUGUUCACCUGGUUACUAUGGAAACCCCAGCGUGGUGGGCGGGCAGUGCCAGCCCUGCCAGUGUAGCAGCAACAUUGACAUGUUGGACCCAGAAUCGUGCGAUGCCAACACUGGCGAGUGUCUGAAAUGCCUUCACCACACAGAGGGGCCGUCCUGCCAACUGUGCAAGCUGGGUUACCAUGGCGACGCACUGGCGCAGAACUGUAGGAAGUGUGUGUGCAACCUCCUGGGCACCGACACCACCUCCUGCCCAUCAGCCAGCGACUGCCACUGUGACCGGGACGAUGGCCAGUGCCGGUGCCUCCCCAACGUGGUCGGCCAGCAUUGCGAUCGCUGCGCCGCUGACACCUGGAACCUGGCGAGCCGGCAGGGCUGCGAGGCCUGCGACUGCGACCCCAAACAUUCAUUUGGGACGUCCUGUAAUGAGAUCAACGGCCAGUGUUCCUGUCAGCCAGGCUUCGGCGGCAGAACGUGUCAGGAGUGCAGGGAGCUGUUCUGGGGAGAUCCUGAGGUCAAAUGUCACGCUUGUGACUGUGACCCUCGUGGAACCGCCGAGCCACAGUGCAAGAAGGCCAGCGGCCACUGCGUCUGCGUGGAAGGAGUUUCUGGUCCAAGGUGUGACAUCUGUGCCCGCGGAUUCUCUGGCACGUUUCCUGAUUGCCAACGCUGCCACCAGUGCUUUGCCCAGUGGGACGUCAUCGUGGGUCAGCUGACAAAUCAGACGCAUCGACUGGUCAACAAGGUCAACACCAUCAAGGCCAGCGGGAUCACGGGGCCUUACAAGCAAACCAUUGAUAACUUGGAGAAGAACACUGAGGAAAUCAGGGCCAUCCUGGCCCAAAACCCAGCCACCCAGCCUCUGUCUGAGAUCCAGGAACUGCUGGAACAGGCCACAGAUCUGAUGUCUGAGCUGAGUGCUAAGUUGAACCAGACGGAGGAGAUGUUGGUCCAGGUGACAGUGGAGGACAACAUCACCGACACCAAGCUGGACGCUCUGAGAGAAGAUGCUCAGAAACUGGAGCGUACCGUCCAAGAGCUGCUUGAUCAGGUUGAGUUCAUCAAAAACUCCGACAUCAGAGGAGCAACAGACAGCAUCACAAAGUACUUCCUGCAGUCUGAAGCCGCAGAAGCUCGAGCCAAUGCAUCGACCAGCGGUCCUGACAGCCCUGUGGAAAACUCUGCCACCCUACGGCAAGCCACUGAAGACAAGAUGAAUGAGACCAAAGAAGAGUUCCACAGAAGACACAAGGAGCAUGCUGACAGACUGGAUGACCUGGCAGGACAAUUGGAGACUCUGGACCUAUCAGAGCUCAGCGAGAAGACAUGCGGUGGUCCACUGGGCCCAGAGGCCUGCUCUGCAGCUUCCUGUGGGGGGCUUAGCUGUCUGGAUGCUGAGGGCAACAGGAAGUGUGGUGGCGAAGGAUGCAAUGGUUUGGUCACUCUGGCCCACAGUGCCUGGCAGAAGGCCAGAGACUCUGAGCAGGAAAUCAGCAGUGCCAUGGAGGAGGUGGAGAAACUCUCCAAGAUGGUGUCAGAGGCCAAGGUGAAAGCAGAUGAGGCCAAGCUGAGUGCUCAGGACGUCCUGUUGAAGACCAAUCAGACCAAGCAUCGUAUCGACCAGAGCAACGAGGAGCUGCGCACCCUCAUCAAACAGAUCCGAGACUUCCUCACCCAGGAUGCAGCUGACCUGGAGAGCAUUGAGACAGUGGCCAACGAAGUGCUGGCCAUGCAGAUGCCCACCACGCCUGCCCAGCUGCAGAACCUGACUGAUGAGAUCAGGGAGAAGAUUGGAGAGUUGGGCCACGUGGAAACCAUCCUCAACCAGAGCGCUAGUGACAUCCAGAGAGCUGAGAAUUUGCUGGAGCAAGCCCGCAGAGCCAGUAAAGAGGCGACAGAUGUGAAGGACAUGGCAGAGAUGGUGAAACAGGCUCUGGAAGAAGCUCAGAAAGCCCAGAUUGCUGCCAGUGAAGCCAUCCAACAGGCCAGCUCCGACAUCAAGAACACCAACAACCUGCUGUCCUCGGUGGAGUCAGAGACAGCAGACUCUGAGUUCAAACUGAACAACGCCACCCAGAGGCUGCAGAGGCUGGAACAAGACGUGACGCUGCUGAAAGAGAAAGCCCUGAACAGUUCACUGAGGGUCGAACAAACCCAGCAGGAAGCGGAGAACACCAGCAGAGAGGCCAAGCAAAUCCAAAAUAACCUGGACACAGAAUUGAAGGAUAAAUACACCACAGUGGAGGAACUUAUCCGGCAGAAGGCAGGGGGUGUGGCUGAUGCCAAGAGGAGGGCAGAGUCACUACAGCAGGAAGCCAAAGAACUGCUGCUGCAGGCCAGUGACAAGCUGCAGCUACUGAAAGACCUGGAGAAAUCAUAUGAAGAUAAUCAAAGGACCCUGGAGGAGAAGGUCAACCAGCUGUCAGACCUGGAGAAGGCUGUCAAGGAGCUGCUGGAGGACAUCAGUCAUAAAGUCACUGUCUACAGCACCUGUCUCUUCUAGAGUUCUGCCGCCAUGGAGGCUUCUCACUCUGUACACUUUUGGACCAAGGUCAUCUCUUAAAGUCUGACAGUGCUGAGUUUAAUUUAUAUUCAGGGGGAAAAGUUGACAACAUUAAACAGCUAUAGAUCACCAUGCAGCAUCGCAGGACAAAUGUAUGAACUGCCAGAAGUGAGGCCACAAACACCUGGUCAGACACCUGGCUGAGUUCAGCUGGCCCUGUUCUGGAGCAAAGUGAACUCAGAGACCCAGGAGGGAAUAUCAAGCAAACUCAGGCCUAACUGUCAAUUUAUUGAGUUUUUUUAAGUCUAUGAAUGUGCACUGUGAAAGGCCCAGUGGAGGAGGUGGCUACCCCACACUGUUUACUAUUUCUAUUGAACACUGUCAUUCCAAAGUUUUCAUCAUUUGAAUAAAGUGACCUCCACUAUUAAACUAACCCUAACAGUAACAUAAAACAUUUAAAUGAAUGUUUGUUGCUUUUUAAAUGUAAAGGAUCAUCUUAUGCCAUGAAUAAAGUACAUCCCAUUAUGAGUUUAGAAUUACAGAUUAAGCUGCCAAAACUUGUGCCAACCAACUAAAUAUUUCUCCAUGUCAUCAAGUGAAAACUUUAAAACUGCCUUGUGUGGUUUUGUCCUCAAUUAUAGAUUGACCUGCAAUCUGCCCGACCAAAGACAGCUGCAGUUAGCUUCUUUUAAUUGCAAGAGAGUAAGUACUCAAUAAACUGAAAUGUCAAAAAAUAUAGUACAAUGUGAUUCAAUAAAAAAAAAAAAUCAUUUAAAUCAAGCCUGGAAAACAAAGUGUAAAAAUACUGAAAAGGUGACUGUUAAAGCAUGAGACUGCAAAGAUGUAUA